GAAUGGUAAUGAGCCAUGGGUGAACUUGAAUCGGUUCUUUGCAGAGCCUGAUCGUAUCCCUUACCGAGACACUCCAGGCGACGAAGAAGACGAUUAUGUAGUGUUUGUCACCAUGGUGCGGGUCAAACUGGAGAUCGCAUUGCAGGAGAGCAGCAUGUUGUUGAAUCCGGAGCUAUCCUUCCGAGAACGGUCGGACGCUGUCAGGUAG